UAGGUAUGACGUGUGUGCAGUGCGUGUAAACUAUAUUACCUUUAGCAAGAUAGAAAAGUUUGCCUUCGAUUUUUUUCCACUCAGUUGUGCGAUAAAAAUAGUAAAUACUAAAUACUACAAACACAAUCAAUCAUUCACUCACCAAGUCGUAACGCGACGUUUGCCUUUCGUUCGACGCAAUUAGUUCUUGGUCGUAAUUGUAUUUUUUUUAUAAUCGUUUUAAUCGUGAGUGCUAAAUAUUGUUUGUUGUCAAUUAUCUUAGUGUCAGACGGACAGCACCGGACCUAUACAAUAAUAAUAUGGGUCGCAAAAAGAAGAAGCAGUCUAAGCCAUGGUGUUGGUAUUGUAAUCGAGAAUUUGACGAUGAAAAGAUUCUAAUUCAACAUCAAAAAGCUAAACAUUUCAAAUGUCAUAUUUGUCAUAAAAAGCUGUAUACUGGUCCUGGACUGUCAAUUCACUGCAUGCAGGUGCAUAAGGAAACUAUAGAUAAAGUACCUAAUGCUCUUUCACAUCGUUCUAAUAUUGAAAUUGAAAUUUACGGAAUGGAAGGCAUUCCAGAAGAAGAUAUGAAAGAACAUGAACGACAAAAAUCUGGUGGCAAAGGAGCUCGAUCAGAUAGUGAUGAUGACAGUGGUCCUCCAACCAAGAAAAAGCCUGAUUAUUCAAGUGCUGCUGGUCCUUCUAUCAUGCCGUCUUAUAACCCUAUGAUGAAUCAUAUGCAGGGCAUGGCUCCUCCUUACAUGGGAUCAAGUAUGCCAAUGAUGGGCCCUUCAGUUUCUGGUGGUCCGAUGUCUUCAGGUCAGCCGGCUGGAAUAGCAAAUAAACCAUUGUUUCCUAGUGCAGUGGCAAUUGCUAGCAAUGCGUCAGAUGCCCGUUCCAAUAGUAAUAUGCUAUCUGGUGGUCCAGUUAGCAGCCUGAAUAAACCUUCAUUUGCUGCAUAUCCAGGAAACGAUGACUCGAAAUCUAAAUCUCUUAUUGCUUCCACUGGAUCAUCAAGCAAAAUUAUUCACCCUGCUGAAGAUAUAUCAUUGGAGGAACAUAAGGCUCGUUUUCCUAAGUAUGUCUCUCAUAUACAGUCUGCUAUACCUAAUAACAUUACCGAGCAGCAUCAACUUGGAGCACCACUUAUGUCACCUCAUGGACAAAUAUCACCUCAAACUCAUCAGCUGCAACAACAACAACAACAACAGCAGCAGCAGCAGCAACAACAACAACAACAACAACAACAACAACAACAACAGCAGCAGCAGCAGCAGCAGCAACAACAACAACACCAUCAUCAACAACAGCAGCAACAACACCAUCAACAGCAGCAUCAACAAGCUAUUCAAAACGAGAUGGAAAGGCAAGUAGCAGCUAUGGCAGCAGUUAUGCAACAGCAACAACAGCAACAGAGAUUUUCCACACCAGUAAUUUCAAUGCCUAAUAUGAUGCCUCAGCCACCAACUGUUUUUAUGGCUCAACAAAUGCCUCUUUUACGACCAUCGUUAGGGGGCCUGCCUCCUCACGCAAUGAGUAUGCUCAGACCUCAAAUGCCACUCCAUCCAGGUUUGAUGGUCAAUGCUCCGAUGGUCAAUCCUUACGCACCGGGUGGUCCUAUGGGCUUUCCGGGGGCUCAGAUGUUGGCGCCAAUGAUGCAUCCACGCUUCAGAUGAUCAG